CCCAUCCUCCUCCCCACCUACCCGCCCACGCCGACGAGCGAACCCUAGCGCGAGAGCGAGCGGGAGAUCGUGUCACCCACCCAUGGCGCUGCGAGCCCUGUACAACGAGAUCCGGGGCAUGAAGGUGCGCGAGGUACCGGGCCACCUGAAGCCGCGGCUCACCUGGGAGAACGUCAAGAAGAGCACCGACCAGGCCGUGGACCGCUACAUCGAGAAGUACAUCGAGACGGGGUCGCCGGAGCCGCUCUUCCACGUCUGCUUCGGCGGGAUGGCCUUCUCCUACCUCGUCAACCUGCCCUGGGAGCGCGCCCACCUCGCCCACCUUGAGGAGCUCGAGAAGCACGGCGGGAAGCACUAGAUCCGUCGCCGGCCGCGCCCGAGGACUCGUGGCUUAUCUGGGGUCCAUGCAAGCUGAUGGCUUCUAUUUUCUUCUACUGAUGAGCUCCUGGAGUCAAUGUUCAUUUGAUGGGUUAUUUUGUACUCAGACAGCAGGAAACUGUCCAGUUUAUUGUUAUGUUCCUCGGCAUCUCAUCAUAAGCAACUUCAAACUUGAGAAGUGCAUGCAUUGUGAUUAAAGACGUUUUCAGUAACAGAUUACAAGUGCGUUGCGAUAUAAUACUCCAGUACCAUUUUGCUGCA